AUGAGGGAUAACUGGCCGCCAGAUGAAGCACCCCUUCUCCCCACCAGACCUCUUAAACAAAGGGUCAACGUAUUGAAAGAUCUGGAUACCGUUAACACCAGACCCUGCGACCUUGCAACUAACACCGGACCCUGCGACCUGGCAACCAACAUGAUCGAUCACCCCCGAGGGACACCCCCACAUCAGGGACAUGGAGGGCCACGAAAAAGGAAGAAGAUCACGACAUACAGCUCCAGACCAUUCACGCGCUCCCAGAGAGCGCAACAGGAUGCCGAGUGUGAACGCAAGGACGAAUGUGCUCCCCCAAUGGAGAGGACACCAUCGGAAGGAGGAGGUAGAAGGAGUACGCCUGCGGACAUGGUGACUGAGACACAUCCCAUGACAGCAACCUGCUACCAUCAGAGCUCUGCGUGCACCAGCCCCUUGGUUCAGCUUGUUGGGUUGGAUGAAGAAAGCUCUGAAUUCAUUUGCAGAAAUACUUUUGACCACCCUUAUCCUACUACCAAGCUCAUGUGGAUACCAGAUACUAAAGGGGUUUAUCCAGACCUUUUGGCAACCAGUGGUGACUACCUGCGUGUGUGGAGAGUGGGUGAAACAGAGACCAGGCUAGAAUGUCUGCUGAACAACAAUAAGAAUUCUGAUUUUUGUGCUCCACUGACCUCCUUUGAUUGGAAUGAAGUGGAUCCUUAUCUAUUAGGUACUUCUAGCAUUGACACAACUUGUACUAUCUGGGGUUUGGAAACUGGCCAGGUCUUGGGAAGAGUGAAUUUAGUGUCUGGCCAUGUCAAGACUCAGUUGAUUGCUCAUGACAAAGAGGUUUAUGAUAUUGCAUUCAGCCGUGCAGGAGGUGGGAGAGACAUGUUUGCUUCUGUUGGUGCUGAUGGCUCAGUGAGGAUGUUUGACUUACGGCACUUGGAACAUAGCACUAUUAUCUAUGAGGAUCCUCAGCACCAUCCUUUGCUCCGCCUUUGCUGGAAUAAACAAGAUCCUAAUUACCUUGCAACAAUGGCAAUGGAUGGUAUGGAGGUGGUGAUUCUAGAUGUCAGAGUUCCCUGUACACCAGUUGCCAGACUGAAUAACCACCGAGCAUGUGUGAAUGGUAUUGCUUGGGCACCACAUUCUUCUUGCCAUAUCUGCACAGCAGCGGAUGACCAUCAAGCUCUCAUUUGGGAUAUCCAGCAAAUGCCUCGUGCCAUUGAGGAUCCAAUCUUGGCUUACACAGCAGAAGGAGAAAUUAACAAUGUGCAGUGGGCAUCAACUCAGCCAGACUGGAUCGCCAUCUGUUACAACAACUGUCUGGAAAUCCUGAGAGUUUAAAAAUAACUAGGUUAUGGGAAAUAAUGAAGCAGGAUGCUCCUCUUUCAGUGUUCUAAAGUUAAGAACAACGCUGCAUUGAAACAGUCUCAUUAGCUCUUAUUAACUUCUAGGAAGACUGACAGCUGGAGUUAGUGAGUAUACAUGAUGAACUUCUACCCAUUUUUUCUAUCUCCUCCCUUCCCCCACUCCAUGUCAAUGACUUAAAAAUGCAGGGAUAUCCUUGAUAUUUCCGAUCCUCUCAGAUUUUAUCAACAUGUUCAAUUAAAGUUAUGUAUAUAUUAU